AUGCAGAACAGGAGAUUUUUAUCUUCUACCUCGGCCAAACUACUUAAGAACACUCCGGUAGCAAAUAACUCUGCCACAGCAAAACCCAGAGUUAAAGCCAAUAAACACUUAAAGAAAAGAAAUGCUGCCAUUAUGUCGGGAUUUAUUAUCGUAGGUUCAUUUAUAGUAUUCAAUCAGUCCAAUUACUAUAAUUUGGAUACCAUGCCACCUUCAGGAACUCCUCCACCAGGUUUCAAUGCCAAAUUGUUCCCUCGUGGUGCUAAUCUUCUAGGUGGAACUAUUACCAGUUCACCAGCAGAAACUUCACCUACUCCUGGUGCUACCAAUCCUGAAAAUGAUGACAGAUUAUUCACAUGUUCCCAAAGUUCCAUCAGUCAUAACUUUAGUGCUGGAAACCAACAAAAUAAACCAGGUGUUUUCACCUUGAAUGAAGAGCAAGUAAGCAAAAAGUUAAGACAAUUUGAAGAAAGUUAUUAUGUUAACAGAGGUAAAGGUGUAACCCGUUAUGAUGUUUGUCAAUUACCUUCCAAUUCUCCCAUUGAAGAUGACAGGUCGGAAGAAAUUGUUCAAGUACCGAUUUUACAAGAUAAUAACGUCAAAACUUCUACUGAUUGGAUGUUCUUUGGAGUCUAUGAUGGCCAUGGAGGUUAUAAUACCAGUAGUAAAUUAAGAGAUCAAUUGAUAAGUCACGUGAUUGCAGAAUUUUCAACUAUUUUCAAACCUGCUAAUGAAGAUAAUUUAAGAUUUGUUCCAAAUAGUGCAACCAUUGAUCAAGCUAUAAAGAAUGGAUUCUUGAAAUUGGAUCACGAGAUCGUUAAUAAGAACAUGGAGACAUUAUUGAAUGAAAAUAAUAAAGUCAAAGCGGCGGAAUUAUUAAUGCCGGCAUUAUCAGGGUCGUGUGCUUUAUUAUCUUUCUAUGAUACUAAUUCCCAAAUUUUGAAAGUUGCAGUUACUGGAGAUUCUAGAGCUUUAUUAGGAUCUUUCAAAGAUAACCAUUGGACUGUCAGACAAUUAAGUAUUGAUCAAACAGGUUCAAAUCCUACUGAAGUUGCUAGAAUCAUUAGUGAACAUCCUGAUGAAAAUAAUGUUGUUAGAAACGGUAGAGUUUUAGGUUCAUUAGAACCAACAAGAGCUUUUGGUGAUUGCAGAUAUAAAUUGCCUGCUUCCAUUCAACAAAGAAUUUAUAAACAAUUCUUUGGAAGAUCGUUACCUAACAAUUUGAAAUCUCCCCCUUAUGUUACUGCUGAACCUGUGAUUACUACCACUAAAAUUAACCCUGAUCAAAAUGAUUUCUUAGUUAUGGCAUCUGAUGGAUUAUAUGAAAUGUUAUCCAAUGAAGAGAUUAUCGGAUUGGUUGUUAAAUGGAUGGAAAGAGAGAAAAUGUUCAAACCUCAAAAAUCAUUCUGGAGUUAUUUUGGUUCUAAUGAUAAUAAAUUGCCGGAAGUUCAAGAUAUUACCAACGAUAAGACAUCAAAGAAACCAUUCAGAAGAAACAAGAUUGGUGGUAGUAACUACUUAUUGGACGAUAAAAACGUAUCCACUCAUUUAAUCAGAAAUGCUUUAUCUAAUGGAGGUUCAAGAGAUCAAACUUCCAUGUUGAUCUCAAUACCAUAUCCUACUUCCAGAAGAUAUAGAGAUGAUUUAACUGUGACUGUUGUAUUCUUUGGUAAAGACGCUAAAGGAGUCAAUGAACAUGGAAAAUUGGAAUUAAAUCAUGAAGCUACCACUGGAGGUAUUGAUGCCUCCAAGCCUAAAUUAUAA